AUGCCGCUUUAUGUUAAAUUCCCUGCGCUUUUUAAGGAGGAAUCGGCCAAAAAAUGCCUUGUUGCGGAUUGCUGUGUUCUUGGUGGUUCUGGGCCUUCCUUCAGCUGGGCCUGGGCCCGGCCUGUCCUCGGUCCAGAAGCUGCAAAUCAGCUGCAGAUGUUGUCAGGUAUGUUUGAAGGCUUCGCUGUUUCAGUCGGCAAUGAUGUAUGGAAAUGGAGGCAUGAGUCGGAUGGUAAGUUUUCUGUCUCGAGUAUUAAGAAGUUACUUAGUGCUGUAAACCGUAUCAAUCCCGAACGGGUCUUUGAAUGGAACAACUGGGUCCCGAAAAAGGUCGGAAUCGUAGCUUGGAGAGCGGAGAUGGAGAGAUUGCCGACAAAGUGUGCUUUGGUGAGGCGUAACAUACCGGUUCAGAAUAAUACGUGCGUCUUCUGUGGAGAUUAUGAAGAGACAUAUGUUUUUGUUUCAUGUCAAUUCGUGCAAACAAUAUGGCAGAACUUGGCGGUUUGGUGUGGGAUCCCACCGAUCAUUGCGUUUGGGAUUAAUGAUAUACUUACUGUACAUGAAUCAAGUUCGGGUUCAAGAAAGAUAAGGAAAGUAAUACAUGCUCUCGUUUUGGUGACUUUUUGGAGUAUUUGGAAAUCGAGAAAUGAUGCCGUUUUUAGACAAGUUAAUCCAAGCACGACGAGGAAUCUGGACGAGAUUAAAUCGGUGGCGUAUCUAUGGGUUAAAAGUAGAGCAAAAGUGGCGGCACUAACUUGGGAGGAUUGGAGUCGUUUUAAUUUAAGCGUUUUGAGAUAA